GCUCUGCAUACUCCUAUCUGGGGGUGUGAUCCGUGCACAGACAGCCUCUUCUCUCCAGGGUUCUGUGGAUCCGUGAUUCACCCUCAACCUGAAACACACCCGUCUGUUCAUGUCCGCUUUGGACUCUUGUCACCGUUUAUCUUUUAAAAGUGAUAACUCAUCAGUGUGUCAAAGUGUUACGGGAUGAAAUCGUUAUCUCUGCAGCCUCCGUUGAACCGUGAUCAAAGUACGUCCGUGUAGGGUACUAGUGCUCUCCGAACAGUCGCUCUUGUUCUCUAUAAUCACCUUUUUUUUUGUGGGGGUGAAAACUACAGAAACGGUUUCAGGGAUGAAGCUGGUGAAAACUCAAAGGACAGAAUUCCUGGAGAAUAUCAGUGUUCUGCAGUGGAUCUGGAGCUUCCUCCUGUUAGGUCCGGUUUGUAUUGGAUUGAUGGUGUACCUUUUGUUGACCUGUCUGUGGCCGCUGCCUGUUCUCUACCUCAUCUGGCAGGUGACGGACUGGCACACACCUGAAAGAGGAGGCAGGAGAAGUUCUUUUGUGAGAAACUGGAAAGUGUGGAAUCGCGUUAGGGACUACUUCCCCAUGAAGUUAGUGAAGACGGCGGAGUUGAACCCGAAUGAGAACUACAUCUUAGGGUGUCAUCCUCAUGGGGUGUUGAGUAUCGGAGCCUUUGCCUCGUUUAGCACCGAGGCCUGUGGAUUUAUGGACCUCUUUCCUGGGGUGCGCUCCUGCCUCUGCAUCCUGGGGGGCCUCUUCAAGAUCCCCCUCUACAGGGAAUAUGCCAUGGCCACAGGUUGUUGUCCAGUCAGCAAGCCUAGUCUAAAGCACCUUCUGUCUAAUAGUGGACAAGGCAAUGCGGUGGUGAUUGUGAUAGGGGGCGCUGCUGAGUCACUGUUGAGCCUGCCUGGGGUCAACACUGUGGUUAUGAAGCAGAGGAAAGGCUUUGUCCGGGUGGCCCUGGAGUUUGGGGCAAACCUGGUGCCCGUCUACUCGUAUGGGGAGAACAAUAUUUUCCGCCAGGUGAUCUUCUCAGAGGGGAGUGUGGGCUGGAGGUUCCAGCAACUCUUUAAGAAGAUCAUGAGCUUUUCCCCAUGUCUGUUUGUAGGUGAACGCUGGUUCUGGAUGCCUUACCACUGUCCGGUCACCACUGUCGUUGGUAGUCCCAUCCCAGUGCCAAAGAGGCCUUCUCCCACUCAGGAGGAGGUGGACCACUAUCAUGGCCUCUAUAUGGAAUCCCUGGUCAAGCUCUUCAAUGAACACAAGGCCAGCUGUGGACUCUCAGACAGCCACGAGCUGCAGAUCGUAUAGGCCAGUCGUUUAGACUGCUCCCGCGAGGACAAUGUGAAUGACACCGUAGCCUAUUGAUCUCCACACUGAGACUACUUGAAUAAACACAUUCCCACUGGAGGAUCUGAUCCAGAGAUGUCAACAAUCAUUGACCCUUGGAUUUACCCAAGCUGCCUGGCUACUAGCGUUUUACUGAAAACUAGAAUCUCACGUCAUUUGGUCAGAUGCUGUUUACGUAGUCUGUCCACAAGAUAUUACUUUAAGAAUUACUACAACGGAAUAGUGCAUGUGCUUAUUAAUAUGUAGCAAUAAUUUAACCAUCAUUUAACCGUUAUUAAACAGGAUCAAAUUCAGCUCAUUCUCCAUUUCAUAAAAAAACUGUGAUUGAUUGUGUGACUUAGGGUUUACUUAGAAACACUGGGCCGACAUGUUGAGUACGAUCAAUUUUCUUAAUUAAGAGUGUGAACACAGUCUGCCUCCCAGAUCCAAAGAUCAGCUAACUGAACCACACACACACACAAACACACACACACACACACACACACACACACACACACACACACACACACACACACACACACACACACACACACACACACACACACACACACACACACACACACACACACACACACACACACACACACACACACACACACACACACACACACACACUUCAAUAUUAUAAAGAGGUGUUUGAGCUGCCAGUCCAAAAGGAAGGACACUCUCAACAUGAUGAUUUUCAUCUAAUGUCAUGUCAUUCCCAUGACACCUCCGGCCUAAUGACUGUCAUUCUGGGGAGUCAGCACUGGACACCUGACCCGAUCUUUCUGUUCUGUGAAGAGGGGUCAUCACCACCAUCCUGUAUCCAGCUCUGUGUACUCCUAUCUGGGGGGUGUGAUCCGUGCACAGACAGCCUCUUCUCUCCAGGGUUCUGUGGAUCCGUGAUUCACCCUCAACCUGAAACACACCCAUCUGUUCAUGUCCGCUUUGGACUCUUGUCACCGUUUAUCUUUUAAAAGCGAUAACUCAUCAGUGUGUCAAAGUGUCACGGGAUUGGAUGAAAUCGUUAUCUCUGCAGCCUCCGUUGAACCGUGAUCAAAGUACGACAAUGCAGGGUCAAAGUGCACACGCAGUUAUUGAAAUAUAAAACAUAAAUCCUUGUCACCUGAUCCAUCAUUACAAUGUGUUUUAAAUCAUUG